AUUCUUUGCGGAAAGGUCUCUAAUACGCGAUUAGCGAUAUUAACGAAACCCAGUAUCGUCUGUUCUAAAUGGCUUACGCGUCGCGACACAGUCGCCCUUUCGCGAAGAGGUUGAAGCUUUCGGACAAAUAAUAAACACGAUCCCGAAGAGAUUAUAAUAGCAAGACGAAGCCCGCGAAAAUCAUCGAUCAGCUAGCAUUCCAUAAUAUAUCGUGUUGGUUGUUGCGUUUAAGAAAACAAGCUAUAGGGUGAACGCUAAAAGGUUAGCGACGACACGAAGCGAAAGAGGUUCGUUUAUCCGCGACGCUGAAUGGAUUCGGAAACCCUUGAAAGAUCCUGACGUCAUGGCAGCAGUAUUCGCAUAUAUAACGGAGUUGUUCUCCCUUAGGUUCCAGUCGUCGAGAACGGUAGCACGAUCGGAGGACGCUGAUCGACGUACUCGAAAUGGUGGUGAACUUCAAGGUGUUCAAGAAAUGCUCCCCGAACGGCAAGAUCGCCCUCUAUCUGGGCAAGAGAGACUACAUCGAUUACUUGUCAGGAAUCGAGCCGGUGGACGGUGUAAUUUUGCUGGACCAAGAUUACGUGGACACCGGUAGAAAAGUCUGGGGACAACUGGUCUGCAGUUUCCGCUAUGGCCGGGAAGAGGACGAAGUGAUGGGUCUAAAUUUCCAAAAGGACCUCUACUUGAUCUCCGAGCAACUGUUUCCGGCAACCAAGAAGAUGGAGGACAAUCUGACCAAACUGCAAGAUAGACUCCUGAAGAAACUGGGACCGAACGCCAUACCGUUUACCUUCAAGUUCCCUCAGAGUGCACCGUCCAGCGUGACCCUGCAACCCGGCGAGGACGAGACGGGCGAACCUUGCGGAGUCAGCUACUACGUGAAAAUCUAUUCUGGCGAGGUGGAGACAGACAUCACCCACAAAAGGAGCACCGUAUCGAUGGGCAUCAGGAAGAUCCAAUACGCGCCAACGAAACAGGGACGCCAGCCGUGCACCGUCGUUCGCAAGGACUUCCUCUUGAGUCCAGGAGAUCUCGAGCUGGAGGUGACCCUGGACAAACAAUUGUAUCAUCACGGAGAAAGGAUAGCCGUAAACGUGUGCGUGAGGAACAAUAGCAACAAGGUCGUGAAGAAGAUGAAGGCGCUGGUGCAGCAAGGUAUCGACGUGGUGAUCUUCCAGAACGGCCAGUUCAGGACGGUGAUCGACGCGGUGGAGACGCAAGAUGGUUGCCCGAUUAAUCCGGGCUCGAACUUGACCAAAGUACUGUACCUGAAACCACAGCUGGAGAACAACAAGCAUCGCAGGGGAAUCGCUUUGGACGGGAGAUUGAAGAGAGAAGAGAGCGAGCUAGCAUCGAGCACUCUGCUCACCUCGCCGGAUGUUCGCGAUUCCUUCGGCAUCGUGGUUUCUUACGCCGUCAAGGUGAAGCUGUAUCUUGGAGCACUGGGCGGGGAAUUGUCAGCGGAGUUGCCGUUUAUCCUGAUGAGACCGAAGCCUACGAAUCGGAUCAAGGUGGUGAACGCGGACAACAUAGAGGUCGAGGAUACUACGGAGGAAAAGAAGCCUAAAAGCUAGAGAGUAUCGUUCCUUCGAGCAAACGAGCGUAAUUUUGAUGCUUUAGGUUUAAUUCCAGCAAUUGGUUAUCGAUUGAUCGACGAGUUUCGGAUUGUACUAAAUAAUUUGUUACGUAAUAUUUUCUGAAAAGAUGGCAACGACUUUAGCUUUCCAUCACCUUCUGUUACUAUUAGACGUUUUCCCGAGAACCUUUCUCCCGAUCGUCAGGUUAUAUUUAUUAGAGUCGUUAGUGCCGAUCAUCGAUUAGCUCCGCGAUAGUGUUAAUACGAUCAGACUUGGGAAACGAAAAUAGUACUUCCGAUAUUUUCUUACGUAACUGUAUAGAUUGGACCAACUAUGGCGUUGUGAGUAAAGAUGGAAUCAAAUAUAUCUGUAGCGUGCAAGUUAGAAUCCGAUUAAUAGUUCCGAGUGACUAGUAUAACUACUACUAGUAAUGAUUACGAUUAAUUUCUAACUGUGCUCGUUGAAAGCAAUAAAAUGUCCUACUACACGAUCUACGAAGACGAAGAGGUAGAUCGACAGUUUUAGAAAAUUUUUGCGCGAGAAAAGAUCGAGUUAUGCGAGUUAGAGAUCCGCGUAAUCCUAAAAGUACACGCAAAUAUAGUUUGUUUAUACGAUAGUUGUGUUGCAAUUAUGAAAUUCUCACG